AUGAACAGAUAAAAGUUUUAUUAUAGAUAAGAAAUUAUUGAAAAGACUAAGAAAUUCUAAAUUCCAACUUAAACUAAAAGAAUAACAAGAUCAAAAAGUGAAAAUAAAAAAAUGAUAAAUUAAAUAAUAAAGUAUUCCAAUUCUGCAACUUCUAAAUCCAAAAUAAAUGCUCUUAACAACAUUACAGAAUACAAUUAGAAUUCUAUUGGAUAAUAACGAAUAAAUAAAAGAAGAAAAUUAAUAUUAUACAAAACAAUUCAUUAUUAAGAUAAUUCUAUAGGUUUGUUAAAUUAGUUAUCUUCUCAAACAUAAAUAAAACUAAUUAAAUUACCCAUUAAAGAGAUUCAAAAAUCUACUGAUAAGACAUAAUCAUUUAGUAAUAAAAGGAUAUCUUAUUCAAAUAGUUUCGAUAAUAAAUAAUAAUUUAUAUAAUCUUUACUUUAUAAAGAUUAAGACCCUGAUAGAAUUAAUAAAUUAAUCAAAAUUAGAUUAACCAAAUCAUAAUUAACAAUCCAUUCUCAUUAAAGAGAUUAAUAAAAUUAAGUUUCUAAUGAAAAUCAAAAAAUAUCUAUCUACUCUUAUUAAAUUAAUUAGAAAGACUAAAAGUAUAGUGUAUAAAAAUAUUAGAUUAAUUGAUUUUAAGUAUUACAUUUACAAAUUAAUAUUGGCAUUUGAUUAUACGUAUCAAAUAAGAAAAGGAAAAAAAAAAUUAGAAGAAAUAUUAGAUAAUUAAUAGAGAUUUGUUGGAUUUAUGAAUCUCACAUACAAUCUAAUAAAUCUACCAUUAAAUAUUGAAGUAAUAUUAUAUAAUUAUUAUAGGGAUUGGGAUAAAUGUUUAAUGGGACUAAAUAUUUAAUCAAAAUAUUGAAACCUUACAUUCCAUAAACUUUAGAGAAAUUAAUCUUUGAAGAUUUAGAAUGUCAAAAGUUUAAACAAUUAACAUUUUAAUAUUAAGUAUUUUAUAUAUUAAAUAAUCACUCUUUAUUAAUAGAUAAUAUUACUAAAGAAUAAAUUUAAUUUAAAGUAAGAUAAUCCAAAGAAUGUAGUGAUCUAUAAUUUUAUAUUGAAAAACAGUUUCUAACUAAUAAUUUAUAUGAUGUUGAUGAAAUAUAAAGUUUAUUUGAAAAACAAUUUAAUUAACCUUAUGAAAUAUUGUUGAAUGAGGCUAAAUCAAUUUGUAAUUUAGUGAUUGAAUAUGAUUAUGUGAAAUAAUUACAUUGUUUUUGCAUUAGAGUUCAGGAUACUUUAUCAGAAAAGAUUAAGUAAGAAGGAAAUAGGAAAUAAUUUUAUGAUAAAGGAUUUGAUUUCAAUUAUAAUUUAUUAAAAUUUAGAUAAAAAGAUGUAUAUAUUAUUUAAUAUUGAUUAGGUGUAUGAUGAAAAAUUAUUGUCAUAAUUAGUACCUAAAAAGUAUGAGAUUAUAUAGAAAUUAGAUUAAUUUGAGUCAAAAUUUGGUCGAAUUGAUUCCAUAACAAAUAUACAAAGAGAAUAUGCUAAAUUAGGUAAUAUGAAACACAAUUAACUUUAUGAAAGGAUUCGUAUAUUAAAUGGAAUGAUUCUCAAUAAUAACUGA